AUGUCAUGUCCAGCGGGUAGCGACAAUGUUUUCGGACCGCGAGUACUUGAAGAGUGUCGCCCAUUUGAUUUCACCCUGCUUUUUGAAGAUGCCAUCUUCGCUGUUCUACCAGCAGGCACAUUUUUGCUGCUGGCGGCUUGCCGUCUCCCAUCACUGAUUCGCGCGCCGAUCAAAGUCACAUCGCACCGGCUUGCGACGUGGAAACUGGGAACUCUCGCCGUGUUGUUGAUAUUCCACGUACUACACUUAGCUUUCCAGCAAGAAAUCUCGUUUUUACACACCGAUGCAUCGCUGGCAGCGAGUGUUCUACAGCUGCUUGCCGUGGCUGCAGCUGCGUUGCUUUCAUGGCUAGAAGAUCAGCGCUCUGUCCGUCCAUCGGAUAUUAUGGUACUUUACUUCUUUAUCGCCACCGUUCUCGCCAUCCCUCGAGCACGUACCCUAUGGCUGCUUUCGCCAGUUGUCCAAUUACAGGCAAUUUUGUGGACAUUAGUUACCAUCGCCACGGCAUGCGUGCUGUGCCUAGAGUCAAUCCAUAAAACCCAACUUUUACGCUUGGCGUAUCGACAGUCAAGCAAAGAGUAUACUUCCAGCUUCUGGGUUCGUAGCUUUUUCAUCUGGGUUCUUCCACUAUUCCAGAGUGGUUUCUCCUCUAUCCUCGCCCUUCAUGACAUGCCGGAAGUGGACCGUUCUUUACAAGGCGGGCCAGCAGAGGCCCGACUUCACAAAGCCUGGUCGAAGAGUCAAAAUACACAGAAAUACAAACUGGUCCGAGUAACAUUUCGUGCAUAUAUGUGGCCAUUCGUCAGUGCAGUUGUGCCUCGACUAUGUCUGACGGUAUUCAAGUUCUGCCAGCCUUUUCUUAUUUCUGCGACCUUAGAAUUCAUCAGCGAUUCGUCGACAUCGGAAAACCGAUACUACGGACCCGCUCUGGUGGGCGCGUUUGUAUUGACGUAUCUAGGGAUGGCCAUAUCUACCGCUGCAUAUUGGCGCCAGACAUUCCGCUUCAACACGACUAUUCGAGCAGGCCUCAUUUCGUUGAUCUACAGACAGACAAGCAAGAUGCACGCUGGCGAAUUUAAAUCGGAAUCUUCCAUCACUCUCAUGGGAACAGAUGUGGAGCGCAUCGUAAGGCACUUCUGGAGUAUCCAUGAGGCGUGGGCGGGUCCAGUCGAUGUGUCUAUAGGUGUCUUCCUUCUGGCUCGCCAGUUGGGUGUUGCUUCCGUGAUCCCUGCAGCCAUUUCACUCAUUGUCGUUCUUGCGACCAUCCCGGUUUCAAAAAGGUCUGGCACGGCUCAGAAACGGUGGAUUGAACGAGUCCAGGCUCGCUUGAGUACCACCUCCAGCAUGUUGAACGAUAUGAAAUCUGUCAAGAUGUUAGGCCUGGGCGAAAAGCUGUAUGCUUGUGUUUCCAACCUACGUCAGGUGGAAUUGCAAGUAUCACAGAAAUUCCGUGUCUUGCUGAUCUGGCAGGUAGUUUUGUCCAAUAUGCCCGUAACAUUUGCACCCUUUGCCACAUUUGCCAUAUAUGCGAUCAUCCAGGUCGUCAAGGGAGGCCAGUCCCUUCUGGCAAACCGAAUGUUCACUUCACUAUCGUUGAUCUCACUGAUGACGGACCCACUGCUCAUUUUCAUUCAGACACUUCCAUCAUUAUGGGAGUCCGUGUCUUGUUUUAGUCGUAUCGAGCAGUACUGCACCAAGGCACCAAUGGAAAUAUCACCUGAUGCUGCGAAUACUAGCGACGAGAUGGAGCUCUCCGCCCACCCGUCCUCUGGUACAUCCUCGACAUCUGUGAUCGAGUUCCAUAAUGCCAGCUUUUCAUGGACUCAAACUGGACAACAUGCUCUUCAUGGUAUUAAUUUUGCUGUUCAAAAGGGGCAAAUCACUGCUGUAAUUGGGUCAGUCGGGAGCGGCAAGACUACGCUCCUGGAAAGUUCACUGGGCGAAACAACACUAAGAGACGGGUCAAUGUCACCAUUCUCAACAAGCGUCGCGUAUUGCCCACAAACACCAUGGAUUAUGAAUGAUACGAUUCGUCAAAACAUUGUCGGACCGGCGAAUUAUGACCCAAAAUGGUACAGCUUUGUGAUCUGGGCUUGUGUCUUGGAGACCGACUUUGAAAACAUUGCUGGAGGCGAUUUGUCCAAGGCUGGAAGUUCAGGCAUAACAUUGAGUGGUGGUCAGAAACAAAGAAUUUCAUUGGCUCGAGCUGUGUAUUCCCGAGCUCCGACAUUGGUUCUUGAUGAUGUAUUCAGUGGCCUCGACAACAAGUCUGUCGUUGCAAUCAUAACCCGUCUGAUGGCAUCAGAUGGCCACUUCCGAAAAUCUGGCAGAACAGUCAUGCUCGCAACGCACAAUCAUCGCCUGUUACCACACGUUGACAAAAUUGUGGUUCUUGAUAAUGGUACGCUACGUAAGAUUGGAUCUUACGAGGAAGUGCAGCCCGAUUUGCCACAGGACCAUCACAACGAUGACAGCGACGAUUCUUCCAGCCAGGAAAUUACAGAGGUUUCAAAGCAAAUGCCCUGGAGCCAUCUUGAUAGGGUACUGAGUCAGGUAGAAGAAGAAUCAGUUGAGAUCAAUAACGCGCGCCGUGACGGAAAAUGGUCCGUCUAUUCUUAUUAUUUCAAAUCUGCCGGAUGGACCAUCAUGAUUAUGUUAGUUGCAGCUAUCUGUAUCUGCGGAUUCACGGAUAGGUUUUCGACCAUUUGGUUGCAACAGUGGUCCAAUGCGAACGAGAGAAAAUCCCAACCAACGGCCCUUUUCGUUCCUAUCAUCAGUAACACGGGCCGUAAUAUGCACUCUCACUUGCUAAAGGCCACUCUGAGUGCACCAUUUAGCUUCUUCCAGAAGACUGACGCAGGUCUAACAACUAAUAGAUUCAGCCAAGACUUGGAGCUCGUCGACAUGGACCUUCCUAUCCAGGCAAUCAAUACCAACAUGUCAUUUGCAAACUGUGUGGUCCAACUCAUUUUACUAUGCAUUUUGGGUAAAUACCUCACGAUCACGGUUCCCGCCCUCGGUGUUAUACUCUUCUUCGUGCAAAGUUACUACUUGCGGACCUCUCGUCAAGUACGUCUGCUCGAUAUCGAAGCAAAGUCUCCAUUAUUCACCCACUUCGUGGAAACCAUGCAAGGCAUCAAUGUCAUUCGAGCUAUGCGAUGGCAGACACCAUUCCAAAAUCAUCUCCAAGAGCUGUUGAACCAAUCGCAAAAGCCAUUCUACAUGCUAUUCUGCAUCCGGCAAUGGCUGCAAUUAGUCUUGGACUGUAUCGUAAUGGCACUCGCCGUUGUUCUCGUCUCGCUGGUGGUCUCUCUUAGGGGUCAAUUCAGUGCAGGCUCGAUUGGUGUUGCUCUCAACCUGAUUCUCGUGUUCAAUCAGGAUCUUAUGCAAUUCAUCAAGUCAUGGACUGUUCUAGAGACUUCAAUUGGAGCGGUCGCUCGUAUUCAGGACUUUGUUGAUAGUACCCCGUCAGAGGAACAACAUCAGGGUGAAUUGGCGGCUGUUCCACCCAACUGGCCCAACCGUGGACAUUUGACCUUCGAACGUGUGACAGCUUCAUAUGGACCCGACUCUCCGCCAGUGUUGAACGAGAUGUCGCUUACUAUUGAGCCUGGUCAGAAAAUUGCUGUCUGCGGUCCAUCAGGCAGUGGCAAGACAUCUCUCAUUCUGGGACUGUUGCAAAUGAUUGAAUUGCGAGAUGGUAAGAUUACCUUGGAUGAUAUAGACCUCUCCACGCUGUCUUGCAGCACGGUACGCUCUCGAAUCAACGUUGUACCCCAGGAACCUUUCUUCAUGCCCGGAACAUUGCGGUUCAAUCUGGACCGACAACUCGAAGAUAACCCCGUUCCUGACUCGACCCUUAUUCGGGCACUCGAAGCAGUCGGACUCUGGAAGAAAGUGCGCGAAGACUGUGCUGGUGGUGGGGAGUUAGACCAGCCCCUGUCGAUUUCGAAUUGGUCAAUGGGAGAACGACAGUUGCUCGCUCUUGCCAGAGCGUUGGUUAUGAAGAGUUCAAUUUUGGUUUUGGAUGAAGCUAUGAGCAGCGUGGACUGGGAGACCGAAGCCACAAUGCAAGAUAUCAUUGAGCGAGAAUUUAGUUCCCAUACAGUCAUUUCUGUUAUUCAUCGGCUUCGCUAUGUUGAUCGCUAUGAUCGAGUUGCGCUCAUGAAACGCGGCCGGCUAGUGGAAUAUGCUAGACCCGAUGAGCUCCUAGCAGCGCCGUCCGAAUUUGCGACUUUCUACCAUGCGAAGAAUGGCUCCCAGUGA